AUGAGAGCCGAUAAAGGCAAGUCAGCUCUGGACAAGCGGCUGCCAGGCAAUGGCGGCAGCCCCUGGUCGGGGGGCGUCGCUAAAGGCCGGGGGGGGUCUUUCCGUGUUGCCGGCGGCAGGGAGUACCUGACCGGCUUCCACAAGCGGAAGGUGGAGCGGAGGAAGGCGGCGCUGGAGGAGAUCAAGCGAAAGCUGAAGGAGGAGCAGAGGAAGAUGAAGGAGGAGCGGCACCAGGAGUACCUGAAGAUGCUGAGUGAGAGGGAGGAGGCGCUCGAUGAGGCUGAUGAACUGGAGCACUUGGUAACGUCGCGGACAGAGUCUGUGAACAUCGACCACCCAAACCACAUUGUAACGGUGACCACCAUCAGUGACCUGGACCUUUCAGGGGCACGCCAGCUGGGACUGACCACCCCUGUGGGAAAAAGUGAUGGAUCAGAAGAAGAGAAAGGGGAGGAGGUGGUGAACAAGCCUGUAAGAACAAUGCCUAAGAAGUCCAGAAACCCCUUCCUGUCUGAAAAGAUCUCUUCUCUUACUGCCACGCUGCACAUGCAUAGCCGGAAAAAGACAAAAGGAAAGCGACCCCAACGUGGGCAAGGCCCACGCAAGAAAAUCCGGAAAUCCAACACUGGACGAACCACUAAGACUCAGCGGCGGAGGCUGACAGGCAAAAUGGGCCGUGACCAAGAUUAACAGAGAAUCUAGAGCUUGGACCAGCAGCUGGGACAGCACUUCACAUCUGGCCUGCUGCUCUUUGGGACCUCUUCAUUGUGGGCAAGGGCCUUGUUUACUUGGCUCUCUGACCAGCAGUUAGCCCAGUUCAGCCUUUCUCUCACCUCCUGAGCACUGGCCAGGAUCACUAGACGCUGUACCCUGUUAUUUAUGCAGUGAUCUCCAGCUAAGUGUCUGGGUGCCACGGAGUGUCUAAAAACUUCUGCUGGAGGUCAUAUUCUCUGUUUGGCGUAACACUUCUGUUCUUCAGCUCUUCCAGAGCUGAUACUUGGUUUUAUCAAAGGAGAGGAUCUGGGGCUGAAUGCAACAGGCACAUGUCUUUAGGGCAGUAAGAGCUCUGCUUCCACUCGUGCAUCAGUGCCUGGGCAUUUCUGCUGUGCAGUAAAUCCUUCUUCCAUGGAGACAUGGUGUCAUUUUGUCUCAUGUGUUUCUUCUCCAGUGCCACACCUGAAUGCAGGGGUACUUUUUGUUUGGUACCUGUUGUGAGUGAAAUCUGGUAACUUUGUGAAUAAAUCUUUAUGAAGUCAUUUUGCUAA